UUACAGCACAUAAACAAAACAAUCCGCCCGUGCCGCUUGUUCGAUUCAUUCGCUUAAAAUAAGAAGCAAACCAGCUACAGAUCACAAUGGUGAGCAGCAAAACGCAACUCGCAGAGCUACAGGAGUAUUUCAAGGGACACAACAAAAGCAGAGAAGCUACAAAGGCACACACGGCAAAGGUCCAUUCGGUUGGGUGGAACUGUGAUGGGCGCCGCUUGGCGUCCGGUUCCUUCGACAAAACUGUGGCCGUGUUUACGUUGGAUCGGGAACGCUUGAACAAGGAGAGUACCUAUCGCGGCCAUACCGGCUCGGUCGAUCAGCUAUGCUGGCAUGCGUCAAUGCCGGACCUGCUUAGCACGGCCAGCGGCGACAAGACGGUGCGCAUAUGGGACGUGCGUGUCGGCAAAUGUGCAACCUUUAUAAACACGAAGGGGGAAAACAUUAACAUCACAUGGUCACCGGAUGGGCACACGAUAGCGGUCGGCAACAAGGAGGAUCUGGUGACGUUCAUUGACACGCGCACGCACAAGAUCCGUGCCGAGGAACAGUUUAGCUUCGAGGUGAACGAAAUCGCCUGGAGCAAUGGCAGCGAUCUGUUCUUCCUCACCAACGGGCAGGGCUGUGUGCAUAUCCUUAACUACCCGAACCUGGAGCUGCAACAGGUCCUGAAAGCGCACCCGAGUACCUGCAUCUGUAUCGAGUUUGAUCCGACGGGUAAAUACUUUGCCACCGGUUCGGCCGACGCGCUCGUGUCACUGUGGGACGCAGAAGAGUUGGCCUGCUUGCGGGUGUUUUCCCGACUCGACUGGCCCGUGCGCACGAUUUCCUUCAGCCACGAUGGAAAACUGUUAGCAUCGGCGAGCGAGGAUCUGAUCAUUGACAUCGGCGACACGGAGACGGGCGAGAAGGUGGCAGAUAUAUCCGUGGACGCGGCCACCUUCACCGUGGCCUGGCAUCCGAAGCAAUACAUCCUGGCAUACGCCUGCGACGACAAGGACGCGAACGAUAGGCGAAGGGAUGCUGGCAGCUUGAAAGUUUGGGGAUUUUCCGAAUAAGUUCAAAAUAUCGCUCGAUGAAUACACUUCUAUAAUAGCAUUAAGAUA